UCUAUCUUCGGGAUGAACCGGAGCCUCUGACGGGUUUUAUUGAGAAGCUCCGCCGGACUCGGCCGCCCUCUCCCGGCCAGCUUGACGCCGGCAGCCCCUCUCAGCCUCCAUUCAUUUGGCUCCGUCCAGCAGCGGCCCUCCCUCCGUCUCUCCGCCUGAAACAUGGCUGCUCCGGCGGUGCAGCUGAGGAGCUCCGGCCCGCCGCUCUGCCCGAGCUUCGCGGAGGUCUGCUCGUUCCUGGAGCGGUACGGCCCGGCGCUGGACCUGCCCGAGAUGACGUUCCCGCAGAUGGAGCGCUAUCUGCGGGACACGACGACAGUUCCUAAACCUCUGGUGGACCUCCAUGUGAAGCUGCUGAGGAAGCUGGGCCGGUCAGUGACCACGGACCGCUGGGAGAAGUACCUGGCCAAGGUGUGUCAGGAGCUGAACAGUACCUGGGCCUGGGAGCUGGAGCAGAAGGGCUACCAGGAGAUGUCCAUGGAGUGCAAGUCCAGCAUCCUGAAGUAUCUCUGCGAGUGUCAGUUUGACGACAACCUGAAGUUCAAGAUGGUGGUGAAUGAUGAGGAUCCGGAGAAGAUGCGCCUGCAGCCAAUCGGCCGGGACCGGCAGGGCCUGAUGUACUGGCUGCAGCUGGACCAGGACCAGAACAUCCGGCUGUACACAGAGGAGCAGGAUGACCUGGAUGGGUCCACCUGGAAGUGCAUCGUCAGGACUCGUAAUGACCUGGCUGAGGCUCUGGACCUGCUGAAGGCUCAGGUUGACCCAAACUACAGUCAGGACCAGAACCAGAACCUGGCUGGAUCCAGGAGCACCAGCCCCACUCAGAAAGAAGCAGGCGAUGCGGCCGUUGGAAGCAGCGAACCGGAAUCCUCCAGACCUGCAGAACAACACGAUGACAGUAAGAAGGUGGAACCUGAGAACGAAGAGAAACCUCCAACGGCAGCAGUUAAACAGGAAAUCGCUGAAGCUGUGGUGAAAGAAGAGCUGCCGCCUCACAAACCAUCCGUCAUCGACAACCACGUCAGCACCAUCACCACCGUCAUAAAGUCUGAACUCAAGGAUGCCGACACCCCGAAGAACGCCGUGUCAGUCGUCAUGGCGCCUGGCACUGCUUCCACGAAGCAGGAAGUGAACAGGGAGGAGGAGGCGGAGCGAGCUAUCGUCAGGAACAACCAGCAGGCCAAGAUACCACUGAAGAAGAGGGAACUGAAGCUGGCCGAGAGCUUCCACAGCAACCACCUCAACAGCAGCAGCAGCAGCAUCAUCGUCUGCAACCCGGCUGCCAUCCAGAACAAGGACGGGAAGCUGCCCACCUCGCUGGCGCCUCCCGGAGGUCCAACCACCUCGCAGCAGCAGCUGGUGGCAUCAAGACCGGAGCUGACCAACGGGAGAACGUCCGUACUGCUGCCGCACAAAGAAGGGCAGAACGGUGUCAUUGGCGUCAUCGGGCAGGUCGGCGUCAUCGGUCACAUCGGCGUCAUCCGGAGUCCAUCCGAGCGCCACAGAGCCCCCGGUACUGAGCAGCAGGAGCUCAACGGGCCCAUCUUGGAGCUCCGGAGCUCCAGAACCCUGGAGGAGGACAGGGAGGUGAGCCGGCAGUCGGUGCUGGUGAGGAAAGGACUUGCUGAUCCUCCUCCUGCAACAACUGAAACUCCCAGAAAACCACCGUCAUCCUUAAAACCUGAUCAGCCUGAAGACAGAACAGUGGAGGCCGUUUCCUCGAAGUCCACAGAGGAACCCAGCAGACCAGCAGCAGAAUAUCAGACCGAAAAGACCAUGGAAGAGCAGUUAGAUAAGAACAAGAAAAGUCCUCAACAGGAGAAUGAUGAAGCUGAGGAGGCGUCCAGACAACGUGCUGCGGAAGCAGGAAGUAAAGAUGACAACGAAAAGAAAGAAAAGAUGGAGGAGGAAUCUGGAGACGCUGUUCCACCUUUAAAAGCAGACCAGAAGGACCAGAAGGACCUUCAGGCUGGAGGGGUGAACGGCGGUUUGGCUGUCCAGGUCCGGCUGAAGGACUCUGGAUCAGAGGAGAGGAAAGGUCCGCUGGAGGAAGCUUCAUCUGAGCUCCAGAAAGAAGGAAUCAGGCUGAAGAUAAAGAUUCCUCCUCACCGGAGAAACAAGUUAAAGAAAGGAGGGAAAGAGGAGGAGAAGGAGAGACAGCAAGAGGUGCAGGAGAAGGGGAGGCCACUGAGGAGAUCUGCAAGGAUCUGCAGAUCCUCUGCUUUGCCAACCUGCAGGCCGAGCUCGAAGGCGGCUGAGAGCCAGAGAAAGAAACCUCCGAGAAAACAGGCUCAGCUGGCCAGAAGGAGGGAGGAGGAGGAUGAGGAGGAGGACGAGGAGGACGAAGAGGAGCAGAGCUCAGCUACAAAGAAAGACAGAAGAGCUGGACCGGUGGGGCCGAUGAGGAAACGAAGGGGUAAACGGAGGCACCACCAUCCUCGAUGGUCCAACAUCCGAACAAAGAGACGCAAACCCAACGAAGACGAGUUGGAGCGAGUCAGGAAGAGACACGAGGAGGACAGCGAAGGAGGCAGUGAGUCUGAGGAGGACUCGUCUAAGUCAGAGGAGCUUCCCAGUGAGGACGCCUGCACCCACUGUCGUCUACCCAACCACCCGGAGCUGAUCCUGCUGUGUGACUCAUGUGACAGCGGAUACCACACCGCCUGUCUGAGGCCGCCCCUCAUGCUGAUCCCAGACGGAGAAUGGUUCUGUCCACCGUGUCAACAUAAGCUGCUGUGUGAGAAGCUGGAGGAACAUCUGCAGAUUCUGGACAGCGCUCUGAAGAAGAAGGAGCGAGCAGAGAGAAGGAGGGAGCGGCUGGUGUACGUCGGGAUCAGCGUGGAGAACAUCAUUCCUGAGGGAGACGAGGAGGAGGAGGAGAAAUCUGCCAAGAAGAAAGAUCCUAAGAAGAGUAAAAACCUGGGGAGGAGAUCGACCAGAACAAGGAAACACAUCAGCUACAGGUUUGAUGACUUUGAUGAUGCCAUCGAUGAGGCCAUAGAAGAAGAUUUCAGGGAUCUGUGUGGAGGAACUGGGCGGGGCAGAGACAUCACCACCGUCCUAUCAGAGGACGGGAAGGAGAGCCAGCGGCCAAUCAGAAGCCAGACUCACGCAGCCAGGAGCAGGAGGAGACGGAGACUGAAUGACCUGGAGAGCGACAGCACAGCGGCGGAGAGCGAAGACGAGUUCCUGAUCAGCAACAGCUCCGAGGAUGAGGAGUUCGGAGCCUCGGCGGCCGACGAUGAUGAGGAGGAGGAUGAAGAUGGCGGCAGCGACGCGGGCAGCUGGGACAGCGGGACACGUCCCCGCCGGACCAUGAAGGCAACGCCCAAACACAAAGCCAACAGAACCCAACGGAGAGGCAGAAAGAAGCUGAGACAACGUCGAAGACGCUCCUCUGAAGAGGAGGAGGACAGCGAUGAAGAGCUGGACUCGGAUCACUUCAGCGACAUGACUGACAGCGACGCUGAAAGGAAGAGGCGGGGCCUGAGGCGGGGCCAGCGGCAGCAGGUCAACUACCGCGAGACGUCCGAGUCUUCAGACAACUCCAGAACAUCUGCCUGCAAGGAGAAGCCCAGACCCCGUGGCCGGCCACGCAAACAGCAUCUCUCCAGCGACUACAGCAACGCUUCGUCCUCCAGAGACUCGGAGGAGGAGGAUGACUAUGAAGAUGAAGAGGAGUACAACCACAGGAGGAGAGUGAACCGGAGGAAGAGAGACGACGAAGACCUCUGCAGGAAACGAAGGAGGUACGAAGAUGAGGACGACGCUGGAGAAGGAGGCCGGCGGCUGAAGAGGAGGCUGUCAGAGGAGGACGCAGACCGGCGGAGGAGGUUAAAGAGGAUGGACCAGGAGGACGAAGACCUGGAGAAGAUGGGCCGAGGGAAGAGGAGGGAGAUGCUGUCACAGCAGCGCCGGAAACGCCUUGCUCAGAUGCUGAAGAAACGGCGGCCAUCAACGGACGAAGAGGACGAGUCGGAGGAAUCGGAGUCAUCCUCGGAGGAGGACCGGCCGGUCCGCAAAAGACUCAACCGGAUCGACUCUGAUGAUGACGAGGAUGAGGAGGAGGACAAGGAGGAGGGGAGGCAGAAGAGCAGGAAGUGUUCGGAGAGGAAGGCCGACUACAAGAACGACAGCGACGCUCAGGAAAAGGGGAGGGGCUGCAGCCUGUCUCCGUCUAACGGACAUCGGACCUCCAGAGGCCCCAUGAAGCCUGGGGUUGGGAGUACCACUGUGCCCAGGGACAGUGCUGCCUCAGGCAGGCAGGGCCGGCACAAUGGCCCCCUACAGCCGGAGGAGGAGGAGGAGGAGGAGGAGGAGGAGGAGGAGGGUCAGACGGACUCUGUAAACUCAGCGCUGAACGCUCUGCAGUCAUGAUGGCUGCUGGUUUGAAGAAUGUUUCUUUGCUUUUCUUUCCAUCUCUGAACCCUCCACUUCUUGUCUUCUUCCUGCUGUCGUAUUGUAUUAGAGUACAAUCCAUCCCCAGAACCUCCCGUUACCUUCUCCUCCAUCCCCAGAACCUCCCAUUACCUUCUCCUCCAUACCCAGAACCUCCCGUUACCUUCUCCUCCAUCAUUAGAACCUCCCGUUACCUUCUCCUCUAUCCCCAGAACCUCCCAUUACCUUCUCCUCCAUACCCAGAACCUCCCGUUACCUUCUCCUCCAUCCCCAGAACCUCCCAUUACCUUCUCCUCCAUCCCCUCUGAACAGCGGCCGAAGCCUCCAGGACUUCAGGACACGAUUCCUAACUUCCGCCUGAAGGUCCCACAGCGAUGAGUCGGCCUCAGGAGUUAGUCUGUGGUGUACCUCGUUCUAAAGCACUUCAUCAUUCUCAUAGCACUUAAUGAGCCGCCGAAGAGGGUCUGACCGAACACCUGGACCGGACCUAAUCCAGCACUGAACCGGGUCAGCCAGUCCAGACAGCAGUAGAGUCCAUCUAGGCUGCGACUACUCACUGGUUUGGUUUUUAUACACCAAGCAUUUAGAUAAGAUUGAUUCUAGAGAGGUAAAACCCUGAUUCAGACCCUGAUGGCUGCAGGUGAGCUGGGCUGGAACAUCUGUAGAACCUUAAAGGUGAACUUACCUGGUUCUAGCAGCUCCAUGAGGGGUGGUUCUGAUCCAGAUGUUCCAGCAGUGUUCACUGUCAGACCCUUGGCCAGCGGUUCACGUUCGCUGUACAUAGUUUGCCUAUACGCUGUUCCUGUAAGAUAAUAGAUGUUCUGUUCUCUUAGUAAAAUAUAGUGUUCUAUUUUCUAUAUGAAGGCGAGGAGAGAUGCUGCUGAGGACGUGAAGAUGAUCAGCUUCUAGCUUGUUGUGUUUCAGAUCCUUCAUUUGUGGAUAUUUACAUAUAGCAUCAACCAAACCUGGAAAGAUUCCCCCUGACCUCCUCAGAAUCAGCUGAUCGUUGAUCUAAAGUAACUUCAGUUUAUUUAAUGAAGCAAAGUUUGACCUUCAGACUGAGAAUGUUUUCAUUUCUGGGGCUCGAAACUUCACAAGUAGAUAGACACCAUUUCUACUGUGAAGCAUGGUGGUGGCAGCAUCAUACUUAAAGCACAGUGGUGACAGCAUUAUGAUUAAAGCACGGUGGUGGCAGCAUCAUGAUGAUUAAAGCACGGUGGUGGCAGCAUCAUGAUGAUUAAAGCAUGGUGGUGGCAGCAUUAUGAUGAUUAAAGCACGGUGGUGGCAGCAUCAUGAUGAUUAAAGCACGGUGGUGGCAGCAUCAUGCCUAAAGCACGGUGGUGGCAACAUCAUGAUUAAAGCACGGUGUUGACAGCAUUAUGAUUAAAGCACGGUGGUGGCAGCAUCAUGAUGCUCUUGGCAGCAGCCAUGGGGUUGUACAGUUAGGAGGUUAAAGGAUACCAGUGAUUCUCUGGAUUUCAAGGACCUGGAACUCUGGAAAUAUUCCCAGUAUGAAGGUAGAACUCUGAUCAUUGAUAAAGAACCAGAUGUUCUGAGGAGGUUCUGAGGAGGUUGUAGGGAUGGUACUGAUUGGUUGUUGUGAAGUGGAGCAGCUUGGAGGUCAUCAGUAAAAUGUCUUUAAAGUCUGAAGAAUCUUCAUUCUUCUGGUGGAGGAAUGGAACACUGAUGAACUCAUCUCUGUUCUGCUUUAGUCGGUUCCUGAAGACGUUCCUCUGAUCGCUUCACUCUGAACUGAAGGCUGAGCUUCAUUUUAGUCCUUCUGUCGGUUGGAAGUUUGUUUCUAAAGCAGCAUUCUGACCUGAACGUCUACGUAGGAACCUGCUGUAGAAGAUCUCCACUGAUCAUCCAGUUCUCUGGUUCUCAUGUAGGACCCUGUGGAAAGGAUGGAACAAUCGGCAAAAUAACUCAAUGCUGCUGAUGGUUAGAGAAAAUAUAUUCAGAAAAAUUCAUUUUGUACAAGUUUAGAUCGUAAAUAUCCAGAAAGUACAAACAGAACCAACACCAGGUUCCUCUAUGAAUUGUUAUUGAUCUCCUCUGAUUUCUGGACAACCUUCAGCCCUCAACAUCCAUCUAAAGACGGCUUUUAUCUCACUUUGAUUCAAUGAGUUCACAUUUUUCUUCUGUUUUUAAAGCAUCCUGGUGACUUCUGACGAGUCCCAGGACUAAAGAGUCCAACCAGACGGCGAUCUGGUUUCAUUAGAAGAACCAGCAUUCUUUUAGAACCUGCUAGAACAUUCAGAGGAUUCUGAUCAGAACUAAUGAUGCUAACGGACCCAGUCGUCUGAUUUAUUCCACAUAAAACCAACCAAACUUGAACAAAGUUCUGCCUGAACCUCCUCAGAACCUUCUGGACCUUUAUUAAUGACCAGAGUUCUACCUUCAUACUGGGAAUGCUUCCAGAGAACGUCCAGCCAAUGUUCCGAGAGAGACUAAACUUAAAGACUGGAAUCAGGAAAGGAGAAUGUCCCCUGGAGAAAGUUCUAGAGUAGACCUACCGACAACUGGAGAAAAUUCUAGUUCUAGAACUUUCUCCAGGGGAUGUUGUCCUCUAUGGACUUCAAGGACCUGGAAGUCUGGAAAUAUUCCCAGUCUGAAGGUAGAACUCUGAUCAUUGAUGAAGUUACUGCACAUGAAGAUCCAGAAGGUUCUGAGGAGGUUCUGGGUGGAGGUCUUCUCAGGUUCUGGUUGGUUCUAUGUUGAAUAAUCAGAGUUUCUGUUCUUAUGUUGUAUAGAAAAGUGUCUUCUGGGGUAAAAAUGUAUUUUUCUAGAUUAAUUCCAUCUGGUAAAAGCAAACUGAAGAGGACCUGUGACAUGAGGAGCAGUUUUUUCUUCUUCCAUUCCAUCUGAACUCUGGUUUUGGUUGCUCCAGAGUUUCCAUGCAGCUCAUUAGUCUGAUGUUUAAGGACUGAUGUUCUCUGGCUGUUUUAACGUUCUAUGUUGAUAAGAACUCAAACAUCUACUUCAUCAGUCUGUAGAUCAGGAACAUGACCCAGACCUGCUGAUUCUAGAAGAAAGCUUUUGGUUUUUAGUCGUCUACAUCUGAUCUGUAGAGAUGAAGCCUCAUUAUUAAAUGUUCUUUCAGGCACAUCCUGUUGAACCUCAGUGUAAACUGGGACUUCUGGAGAACCCCGAGAUCCUCUGAGAACUAGAGUUGGUCCUCCAGCAUCCAGACAGUAGAAGCUCUGAAGAUUCCGACAGUCCUUCAUCUCUGUUGUACUGUUCCUGUAGUUCUGCUGUAACAUAAAUGUUUUCUAAGUUAUUAAACAACAUCCAGCAUCUCCUCAA